AUGACUGAGUGUCUCAAGCACGUGCCGCUGGAGGGCGGGCAGGCUCCGCCCCACACUCCGGCUGCCUCUCUCCGCGGCCAGGGCCGGAGGGUGCGCUCCAGGGGCAGGUGGCCCAGCGCAGCUGCGUGGGGCGGGCGUGGGUGGGUCGGUGGCAGCACCCCAGCACCGGGUGCCCCCAGCCCGCCCCGGGAAGGGCCGGUCGGAGGGGGGGGCCGGUCCCUUUGUGGCUCGCUGCGGGAGCCCGAGCGGCCGCAGCGCGCUGGGCUCCUUUGUCUGGUUUCUCUUUCCCUUCCCGGCACAGACACGUGCUGCCCCGGCCUCCCCUGGGGCCGGCUGCGGCGAGCCGCUGGGGGAGCUGCCCGAGCGGAGCUGAAGCCCCUGAUUAGGCGCUGCUGCUCCGAGGAGGGGCUGCUGCUGCAGGCCGCCCUCCUGCUCAGCCUGGCGGGGCUGCGGCUGGACCCGGAUCUGCCCCUGCGCCGGGCCCUGGACGCUUUCCACGCGGGCGCGGGGAGCAGCCCUCCGCACCCCAAGUGCCCGGAGCGGGACUGGGACCGGCUGCUGCUGCUCCGGGAGGUGCGGGCGCUGGGGGCCCCUUACAUCCCCAGCACCCGCCUGGACGCCUGGCUGGUGCACGCCGUGGCCGGCGAGGAGAAUGGGGCGCUCUCCUCCUCGCCAGUCAGUGGCGCCGGGGGAGAUGCCCCCAGCGAGAGCGGUGCCCAGGAGGGCCCCGGCCGCCCCCGCUCCGCCCGGGGGAGCAGCCUGCAGCAGCAGGCCCAGGAGGAAGGGGCUGGAGGAGCUGCAGCGGCCCUCGGAGCCGAGCCCAGCCCUGGGGGAAGUGACUGCCCUACCCUAGAGGAUGUAGACUUGAAAACUGGUCAGGAAGCUUUGGAUUACUAUUAUCUGCAUAAAGGAAGUGAACAAUCAGAAUCACAAGAUGGGGAGAAGAUAAAGCAGGUGAAUGAUAAAGAAAAUGAAAAAAAGGCUAAAACUAAGGGGGAAGAGAGAGAAAAUACAGAUUCUAGCACAGUGAGCAACAGAAAUUCCAUAGAUUCCUCGCCCUUGUUGGAAGACUAUUUGCUGCUGUUGACAUCACAGACAGAAAAUGCACUAGAGGCAUAAAUUGAAAAUACCAGCUCUACCUCCCAGUCUACAGCAGGGCUAGUAUGUGAUAACUCCGUAGAAGAAAUAUGGCAAGACUUUUUUCAGUCACUUGUGUUACAAGAAAUUUCACUGGGAGCUACUCAACCUGUUGCUUGCAGUAGUAGUAGAGGCAUGAAUUCAUCAUCCUCUCACUACACUGUAAAUUUGAGCCAGGCUAUUAGCCAUAAUGUCAGCCUCCAUGAAGCUAUGUUACUGAGAUCAAACCACAGCACUAGUAAUCCAGAAAUAAGGAGUAUACAGAGACAAGAUUCCUUUCUGCAGUUAAAUUCUAGCAUCAUAAACCCUGAAUCGUUACUUAAUGGGACUAACUGGGGGUUAUUUCCAUCUAUUGACAUUAGGAACCUAACAAACCAGAAUCUUCUUUCAGACCUUGAUGAGAACAUAUUUGAGGAGAUAAAUCUAAUGGCAUUAGCAUUGGAAGGUUUUGAUCCUAGGGAAGUCUCUCAGCUUUUUGAAAAACCUGACUCAGAUUCUGGACUUUCAAGCCAGAGCACAACCUCUUCAAGCAAUUCUGAUUUAUCCUCUGUUUCAACCUGCAGUGAAGGUGCUGUUGGCUAUAGUAGCAAUAUAGAAUAUACUUCCCAUGAUGGCUUAGGAGCUGUAGGGGGUCAUUACCCAGAGCAUAGUAAACACUGCAAUAUGGACUAUCAAAGCGAUUCAGACUAUUGUGGGGAGUCCCCACUUCAACAUAUUCUUCAUAACCACACUUACACGCAGCUGCCAAAUGAAUUAGCAUCCACUUCUGAGCAUCAUUCUUCAUCAUCUAGGAAAUCAAACAAAGUAAAGGGCAGGUGCCUCAAUAGCACAGAUAAUCUUAGCCAUGAUGAAUGCCAUGUCAAAGCCCUGAGAAUUCCAUUUUCUGUAGAUGAAAUUGUGAGCAUGCCUAUUGAUGCGUUCAACAACAUGUUAUCAAAGUUCUAUCUGACAGAUACUGAAAUAUCACUUAUGAUAAGUGACAUAAGGCGAAAAGGAAAAAACAAGGUUGCUGCUCAGAACUGCCGCAAAUGUAAACUAGAUGUGAUCCUGAACUUGGAAGAGGAUGUGUGCAAGCUUCAUGCCCAAAAAGAGAGCCUUAAGAAGCAGAAAUUUCAGUGCAAUAAAUCAAUUAGCCUUAUGAAGCAAAAACUAAGUGACCUCUAUCAUGUAGUUUUCAGUAGGUUAAGGGAUGACCAGGGAAGACCUGUUAAUCCAAGCCAGUAUGCUCUUCGUUGUGGUAGUAAUGGCAGCGUUUUGAUAAUACCUAAGAGACUGGUCACAUCAGAACAGAAACAAGAUAACCAAGAAGAACGGAAACAAAAAUAAGUAACAUUACGAUCACUACAUUAUUUAGAACUCAUUCUGCUGACCAGGGAGGGGGAGGGGGGGGGGAGAUAUUAGCAUAAACGCUGGAGGCCAAGAAUGCUUAUGAACAUGUUAAAGGAAAAAAAAAAAAAGGACCCAAACUAGUAUUUUGAGACUUGUGCAGGUGGCCUGCAUCUUUAAUUAUUGGGAUAGUUUUUAUAUAUAAAUAUAGUAAAUUGUCAACACUUAGAAGCUACAGCAGUAAAAACCUGCUAGUUUGACUGAGCUGUUGAGAUGUAAUUAGAGUUACUGGAGGAUGCCAGGCCACCAGCAGAAGUAUAAUUUCUACUUAGUGUGGAUUUAUUGCCUUUAAAAUGAGUUUGCACACAGUAUUUGCAAAUAAAUAUUACAUUGAUAUAAUUGUAUGGAAAAAGGGUUGUAGGGGGCAGACAGGUAUAUAAGUUUUGUCACAGUCGGAACUAGGAGAGUUCUCCCUAUUUGGUAGAGAAAUUGAAGGAUCAAUGCAAAAAAAAAAAAGGGGGGGGGGGGGGGGGGGGUCGGCACAAAAUUGAGAUGAGUUGCAAAUGGAGGGGGGAAAAUGUAUUUUCCUUCCUAAGUACAUGACUCUUGGAAGGUAAAGCCUUAGAUUUUGAUUUAGUCUGUUAGCACUGGCAGAGUUUUUUUAAAAAAGCAGAAGACUUAGAUUUGCAAAGGUUUGGCUUAAAUUUUGUGUAGUUUUAUGUAUUAAUUUAUGUAUUUAUCUUUUCUGUGGGUGUAAAUUAUACUUUUUGUACUAGUUUUCUGAAGAGGUCAUGGAGGCUAUUCAGACUUUUCCUCUCUCCCACAAAAUAUAUACACACAUACACAAACACUUGUAGUCUCCAGCAAACUAGGAUUGCUCAUUAAUUUUACACUUAUUUUGACAUUUUUUCCUCUAAGUACACAUUGAAAGUGUUGAAGCAGGUACAAUCUGUUACCCUAGUCUUAUGCCACUAUUACACCAUUCACUUUUCUAUGUGAACAUGAAAGAAUGCAGUGGUGAAUCAGACACUUCCUAUGAUUUGUAUGUUUUCAAAUAUGUGAUGUACUAUCUACUGUCUUUUUACAGUCUGGAUAACUUGACUUUUCUCUUUUAUCCAAAGGAAAAUUACUUUUUUUUUUUUUAAGUUUUUACGUUGUUCUAAAUUAAAUCUUUUGUAAACACCUUAAAAAUUCUAUUUAAAAACAAAUUAAAGGUCAGAUUUGCCAAGA